UAAGGGUCCACCACAACUCCAGAAAAGCGCUCAUUUGUAAAAAUAUCCUCGUCGAAGUUACAUAUCCAUCACAUUCUGCAUUCAGUUGCGUGAUGUUCUGAAAAUCAUCCCUCCAGCAUAUAGCAACUUUAGAUUUAUAAGCAUGUCAGUCUGAAACCUGGAAUAUUACCGUGUUUAAGAAAUCGAAUAGGUAGUAUACCACGCGCACCUUGAAUAUAUUCGCUCUGAUGAAAUUUAUAGGUUUCAAGGACUUGUUUGUUCAAAGUAAUAUGAGUAGUAAUUUUUCGGAAAAGUAAGAAUUUCAGCAUAAUUUUGAUAAGAAAUCAAGAUUCUCGAGGUUUAAAGGUUUCAAAUCUUGGAAAAAUGGCGUCUUGGGCGGAUGAGCCAGUGGCAGAAGAGAAUGUGAGCGCUGCCCCUGUUGUGCGCACCUCUCGCGGCACAUACGUACCUCCCCAUUUGAGAAACCGUGCGGCCGCUCCAGCUGUUCCUUCUUCUUCUAGUCCAAGACCUCCUCAGCAGAGCCAGACCUGGAAUCGAACGCGUAACGCUCCAGAGGCCCGGUCCCGCAGCGUUGGAUGGGGAAACGAUACAUCUAGUAGCAGCGGAUGGGGUCGCGGGGGCGAGCAAGAGCGCGAGGUCAAUCCCUUUGGGGAGGAGGAACAGUUUGAGAAUGACAGGAGUGAGAGUGGUACUGGAAUUAACUUUGAUGCCUACGAGGACAUCCCCGUGGAGACGAGCGGAGACAACGUUCCGCCUCCUGUGAAUACAUUUGGAGAGAUUGACUUGGGGGAGAUUGUCAACGGCAAUAUUAACAAGUGUAAUUAUGUGAAGCCUACCCCCGUGCAGCGACAUGCCAUACCGAUUGCUCUCGCUGGUAGGGAUCUGAUGGCCUGUGCUCAGACGGGAUCCGGAAAGACAGCGGCCUUUUGUCUUCCCAUAAUUGCGGGCAUUUUGAGAGGUCAACAUCCGAUUAAGCCCCGGAGCGUUCGCAACGCCUUUCCCCUCGCCCUUAUUCUUUCUCCCACCAGAGAAUUGGCUUCUCAAAUACAUCAAGAAGUUCGAAAAUUUUCUUAUCAAACUGGUCUUAAAGUGGUGGUUGCAUAUGGAGGUACUCCCAUAUAUCAACAGAUCCGUGAAUUGGAGAGGGGGGUUGAUAUUGUGGUUGCAACUCCUGGACGUCUUGGAGAUCUUCUUGAAAAGGGCAGAUUAUCAUUAUCCAUGGUGCAGUUCUUGGCUCUAGAUGAGGCAGAUCGCAUGCUCGAUAUGGGUUUUGAGCCACAAAUUCGUAAAAUUGUUCAACAAACAGAUAUGCCUUGUCCAGGCCAAAGGCAGACAAUGCUUUUCAGUGCCACUUUUCCUAGGGAGAUACAGGGGUUGGCAGGGGAUUUUCUAUUGAAUUAUAUAUUUUUAGCUGUUGGAAGAGUUGGUUCCAGUACAGAUCUGAUUGUGCAGAGAGUAGAGUUUGUUCCAGAUAAUGAUAAGCGAAGCUAUCUAAUGGAUCUUCUUCAUGCUCAAAAAGCCGAGGGAACUCAUGGGAGGCAAGCAUUGACCCUAGUGUUUGUGGAGACAAAAAGGGGAGCCGACUCAUUGGAAUAUUGGCUAUCAUCCAACAAUUUUCCUGCAACAAGUAUCCAUGGAGAUAGAUCUCAACAGGAGCGUGAGCUAGCUCUGAGAUCUUUUAGGAGUGGAGCUACCCCUAUUUUGGUUGCUACAGAUGUUGCUGCCCGUGGCCUUGAUAUUCCACAUGUUGCUCAUGUGAUUAAUUUUGAUUUGCCAAAUGAUAUUGAUGAUUAUGUUCACCGUAUAGGGCGUACAGGUCGUGCAGGUAACCAUGGUUUGGCAACUGCAUUUUUUAAUGAAAAUAACCUUUCCCUGGCAAGACAACUAGCAGAACUCAUGCAAGAAUCAAACCAAGAAGUUCCUACAUGGCUGUCAAAUUAUGCUUCAAGGUCAACAUAUGGAGGUGGAAGAAGUCGCCGAUCUGGUGGAGGCAGGUUUGGUGGUCAUGAUUAUCGAAGAGAUGCUGGUAGGGGGGGCUGGUGAUUAUUUUGGAGCAUUAUAUGCAACACAGGAAAUGCAUAUGGAGUGUCACUAGGAUAUGGUUCUGGUAUUGCCAGUGGCUGGGAUUGAUACACUGUAUCUUUGCAUUUGACUUAGAACUGUCUAUAUGUUCAGCUGGAAAGGUUGUCUUUCUUUUUUGCCUCAAUGCUGGUCUUGGGUAAGUUUGCAGUGUGAAAAAUUCUUGUCCAUCUGGCAUAUAACACUUCAAAAAUGUCCAAACAUGCAACUAAUUAGUGUAUAAAUAAAUAUAAGAUUUUGAUGCUAGUGGCUAUCUAAUGGUAUCUGUAAACUAGAAAUCACCUGGCAAUUUACUGGGAGUGAAUAUGUAAUUUGAUAGACAUUCCUGGAGGUAGCACCAUCUGUAUCAAAUACAUGAGCCACUCAUUCUUGUGGAUAGGGAUUUAUUUAUUACUCCAUGCAUGAAAUCACUGAGAUAAAAUGCAAAAUUUCAAAUGUACAUGACCAUAUGAUUCAUUUUUUGUAUAUUGCCUUCCCAAUUUCUUGGAAGGGCAACUGAAGAGAAAAUUUAUAAUUAUUGAUUGGUGGAAAAUUGUAAAUGAGUUUUUCUUCCA